GACACUCCUUUGCUGAAAGACAGCAAUUGAGACCACAGGAACUCAUCAAGCUAAGUGACACUAGUCAGGACAUUUGUCCUUGUAACCUUCCAGGAAACUUUCUCAUGCCAUUCUUCAGAGUCUGUGACCUUUACUGAGUUCUCUGUGAUUUCUUUACUGGCUUCUCUUCCUACUGCUGCAAGCAGACAGCGAUUCUCCUAUUUCUGCAGAAGACCUCAAGAUAUAGAUACCAGGAUCGAGGUUUGCUUAGGCACUCCUGUAGUUAGAGAGAUGGUGAACGAGUAUAAGAAGAUCGUCCUACAAAAAGGGUUGGAUCCCUUGAAUGAAUAUCAUUUCAGGAUGGUGAAGUCCCUACUAGCCACUGAAUUGAAGCUGACAAAGACCAUGCAGAAGGAUUAUGAUAAGAUUCAGAUUGCCGACCUCAUGGAGGAGAAGUUCCCUGGGGUGGUUUGUGUGGAAAAACUAAUAAAUAUAAUGAAAGAUGUGCCAGAACUAAAAGAUAUUAUGAAUACACUGAAGAAGGAGAAAACCAGAGUUGCAAAUAAACUAAGAGCAAGAGGAACUGCAGGAGAAAGGAGCACUGAGGAAGAACCCACGACAAGUGGCACCACAACCUCCAGAGGGACAGAGACAGCCACACCUCGGAAAAAGAAGAAGACAGCCAAUGACAGUACUGAAACCAAGACUCCUGCAUCCCAGAAGCAGACCCCGAAAGCCAGUCAUCCUCCACCAGCUCCAGCCUCCACCUCCGCCUCCACCUCUGCCUCCACUCAGCCCUCCACUUCCCAAACUGAGGAGCCAAAACAACAGGCCACACCUAAGGCAGCUGGACCAAGCAGUAUUCUCCAGAAUGAGCCAAUGACUGUGAUGGUAGUGACAGCAACAAAGAUAUUUGACUAUGAAUCCCCAGAAAAGAGAAAAAUCACCAUGUUUCAUGCCACAGUGGUCACAGAGAAGGAUGUAUUCCAUGUGAAGGUUUUUAACCCCCAGCUGAAGAACAAAUUCACCAGCAGGAACAUCAUCAUCAUGUCCAAUUACUUUAAAAACAAAGGGUUUCUGGAGGUGAAAGAAAGCUCUUCCGUAACUGAGGCAGGUCCUGAGCAAAAUAUGACAGUCUCAAAAAUAAUUAUCAAGACAGCCAAAGAGACUCCUAAAAUCAUCCAUCUGCAGAGCCAAGCUUCAGGAACAAUUGUGACUGGGUCAUUCAAGUUCCAGAAGAAAUCAAUAAAAGGCACAAAAACAAUCUAUGAAAUCCAGGAUGAUACAGGAACAAUGGAUGUGGUGGGGGAAGGAAGAUGGCAUGACAUGGCAUGUGAUGAAGGAGAUCAACUUCAACUCACCUGCUUCCAGCUGAGAAUAAAGGAGCAUAAGAGGAUUCUGACAACCGAAACACAUAGCUUCAUGCAGAUAAAGAAGAACCCAAAACAGAAGAACUCUGCCUCUGUGCACACACAGCCACCCCAGCAGCAGAGUCAGACUCCAGAAGCUUCAACCCUAGAGGAAAGCAAACUACAGACACCUCAGAUGCCUCCACCAACCAAAUAUAAAAUGUGCACAUCAGAGAAAGAAGAAGAACGAAAUAAUGUACCUGAUGAACCCCCCAGAGAAGUGGGGACCCAGCCGGACCCCAAAGAAGUAGUAGUGCUGAAAGUAACUGACUCUUUUGCGUACGAGGGCAUUUUGGGGGAAAAAUGGAUGUUUCAUGCUACGGUGGCUACAGAGAGCCAGUUCUUCAGAGUGAAGGUUUUUGACAUCAGCCUGAUGAACAUAUUCACCCCAGGCAGCAUCAUUGGAAUAUCACAGUAUAUCAGUCGUGCUGGAUUCCUGGAGAUAUACAGUGUCUCAUCUGUGUCUGUUCUCACCCAUCAUCGGCAAAUGACUAUCCCCAAAGCCCUGAUGAAUGCAGCUACUGCAACUCCUCAGAUCCGUCGACUUAGCUUGGAAGCUCCAGGAACAUGUGUGAAUGGGGUGUAUGAAGUGUUCGAGAAAAUAAUACGGAAUGCAUGCAUUUAUUAUAAAAUACAAGAUCAUACAGGAAUGAUGGAAGUCCUGGUAUAUGGACGGCUGACCAGCAUCCUCUGUGACAGAGGAGAUAAAGUUGAACUGAUCUGCUUUGAAUUAAGUGAAGAUAGGAAGCAGCUAAGAUCCAUAGCUCACAGUUUCCUCAAGGUCUUCAGAGCCAGCAGAAACGAUAUAAUUACAUUCUUCUAAAGUCAAUAAUGUUCUUCUAAACAGCUAGUCAAUGUUACGGUGAUACCCAUGGAGACAAGAUUGAAGUAGGAAAAACACGUGUGUGCAUAUGAUUGAACGCCGUCACUGUAUGCCCCAGCUAUGAAUUCUAGGGAAUGGAGUAAUGGAGGUGUUUUUCCUUUUUCUAUUUUUAUUAUCCUGUGCCACCUCAGUGCCUUAUUUUGUACUUCCAAAGUAUAUAGUUUGAAAAACACAAUAAACAUUACUAUUCUUUUUUUUAGAA